AUGACCGAAGGCGAGUUGUGUGCCAAAGCCAUGCCAGCCACCGAAUUGGCUAAAGCCAGAGCUGCGCUCCAUGAAAUCCAGCCCAACGCUGCUCCUAUAUUCACUCGAAGAGACGAGCUUGCCCUUGGUGCUGUCACAGCAUGUCGUCAAAAUCUCAAUCACCGCGCGCCAGACUUCUUUUAUGGUGCCAGUCGACUUACUCCAAAGGAACUAGGCCUUAUUCCUGCAGUCGGCGAGGCACACGCAAAAGACCACAAUAAUGAUGCGACGAAAACCCCCAAUAAACAGCCUCAAUCCGCUUUACCUGCACCGCCUAGAUGUACUUCGCUUGUUGAUGUCUUAUCAAAUACCCUGGUUCUUGACCAGAUGGCCCCAUAUCUUUCAACAUCAUCUUUAUUCGCCCUGGCAUCGACCUCUCGUCUUGUCCGAUCUCUGAUUAUGGAUACGCCUUAUGUUUUCCGACAUCUCGAUCUGACUGAAUGCCGUGGAGCUAUAAUAUCUAGCGUAUCUGCCAUUGACUCCACGGAACAGAUAAACGAUUCCCGGACUGAAGACGAAUAUUAUUCGGCGCCUUUGAGGGGGAUCUUUGACAGGCUUGAAGGGAAGUCGCUCCUGCAAGACGUACGCACCUUGGUUUUGGAUGGCCUUCCCGUUCCGGCGGACUUGGUUGCCGACCUUAUCCUUGCGGAGCGCUUCAACAUAAACAUCCUGUCAAUAAGGGAAUGUUGUCACCUCAAUGAGCGUAAGCUUAUGCAGGUGCUCAACUAUGCUGUCCGACCCUCGCGUCCCAAGGGCACGCCACGUAUAAAAGGCAUCUACUACUUCACUCCUCUUCAGCACUCCCAGGUGAUGGUCCGCAGCAACUACCGUGACUGGUGGAGCUUGAGGUGCUCCGGUCAACCUUUUUGUGACACGCCGACUUCGGGAAACAAGUCUGUCCUUCGUGACAGCACUGAAAGUGAUACGCAUCGCCAGAAUGCGUGGUAUCGACCGUCUGGACAGCUUUUCAGAGGAAGCAUUGAGGAUGACUGGGCACAGACGAUCCAUAAAUGCGAAGGUAUCAUAGCUUUCGACGCAAUCCUGUGCCGUGGCCCUCGACACAACGUUGAUCCAUACACACCACACUCACAAAAUCAGGACGGUACCCAGCCAGAAAGUAGACUGCUCGGGCCGAGGCUGACCACAGUUGCGCUGGGCCCCAGAGGCUGCGAACUCUGUCACACGGCACCAGAAGGCCCGGCUAUUUGGGGGCAGUCCCCAGAGGAACAAUUUCCUCUGCUCACACCGCCACCGUUCCAUACAUCCUCUGUAGUCACGGCAAAGCGCCCUGCACUGUUUCCAGGCGAACAGCCAGCCUUAAUCGCUCGUUGCAGGGAGUGCCUGAUUGACCGUUGGUGCCACCGCUGUAACAGAUGGUUUUGUGCAGUUUGCCUGCCACAUCCGGAACGUGUAAGGAGUGAUUUAUCACCGCACCAAACAGCAUGUGGCCUGUGCAAGGUGGAGUGUCAGCGCACUUGCCGAAAUUGCUGUGGAGAUUAUUGUGUAGAACACAAUGAGGGGUGCUCUCCAACAAUGAUCACGCUGCCACCGUCUGCUCUCGAGCAGCUCCUUGCCGCUGCCCCGCUCCAAGAGGCUACUACAUCGCGCGGUCCAGCGCGCCAACACACCGGCGCCUUUGAUCCCUUCAACCCGCAUACAUUCGCCGCGGAGACUCAAGCGCGAGAGCAGAGUGUGGAUCGCCAACAGCAACUGCCCCAUCCGCUCACAUUCCGCAUCGUGAACCCUCAAAAUAACCGUGUGAUAUAUGCCGGUGUCCGCGAGUUCUCCGCAUCGGAGAACGAAAUCGGUCUCAGCGUCUUUCUGAGAAGGGCCCUCGGCGUGGCCGAUACCGAACCACUUUCACAACCUAGCCCUGCUACCCAGGAGUUAGGCUCCGUCGUGGUUGACCCGGAAAUUGCUCCAUCGGCAGGGCCGGCCACAGUAACGGUCCAUGCACAGCAGUUGCCGAAAGGCACCUACGUCCGUCUUCGCCCUCUCGAAGCCGGGUACGACCCGGAAGAUUGGAAAGCCUUGCUCGAACAGCAGCUGCGUGAUCACUAUGUCACAUUAACCACCGGGGAGAUUCUUCAUGUUUCCGGGACCCGUGAUCAAUCGUUCCGGUUUUUGGUCGACAAAGUUGAGCCUCAUGGUGAUGGCAUCUGUGUUGUGGAUACAGAUCUUGAGGUGGAUAUUGUCGCCUUGACUGAUGACCAAGCCAAAGAAACCAUACAGAAGCGCUUAGAGAGAACAUCUCGUGUUUCUGGUAUCAGUGAAGGUACAUCCACGGGUGGUGAAGUCGAGUUCGGUAGAGUGGUCACUGGACAGGUAGUGCCCGGGGAUUAUGUAGAUUACGAACUCCACAAAUGGGACCGCACGAAUGCACUCGAAAUAUGCGCCGAGAGUGACCAGAGUGGAGACUUCUAUCUUUUUGUCAGUCCCCUGUCCGCUCGCCAGAGAAAUCGACCACGGGAGGAUGAGCAUGUAUUUGGCGACUUAUCGAGCCGAUCGUCCAAACGGAUCAGAAUUCGGCCGGUGAGCGAUGACCUGGAAAGAGCCGAGGCUCUAUACAUAUCGGUGCAUGCAUGCGCUCCUACUGAGGAUUCUGAGGCAGACGUGUCGGCUUCACAUUUGUCGCUGCUCUACAAUUUACAGAUUCAUGCUGACCUCAAGUCCACUGAUCCUGAAAGCCAUUCAGACUCUGAGAUGGAACAUCAUGAUUCUGGCGAUGUACAGUGUAAGAACUGCCAUCAAUGGGUUCCUCAGCGGACGUUGAUGCUACAUGAAAAUUUCUGCCUCCGCAACAAUGCGCUCUGCCACUUGUGUCAGAACGUGUUCCAGAAACGGUCAAUAGAAUGGCAAAACCACUGGCAUUGUCCACACGAUCCGGCUCAUGGCAAUAAUUCUGCAAGCAAACACAGACACAAUCUUCUCUUCCAUACAAAGCGUUCCUGUAGCGCCUGCGGUUUCGAGGCGGAGAACCUUCCUCGCAAACCCAUUCUUUGCCAAUUCUGUCACCUUGUGGUUCCCCAGCAAAGCGAAACCGAUCCCGACAUGAACGAUCCAGAAGUCUUGAUUUCUGGCCUUACCCCGCACGAACUGGUGGAUGGUGGCCGGACGACCGAAUGCCAUCUUUGCAACAAGAUCAUCCGACUGCGGGAUAUGAAGACGCAUCUUCGUCACCACGACCUGGAACGCCUUUCCCGACCUACACCUCGUAUUUGCUUAAAUCAGAACUGCGGGCGGACGCUUGACGGGCGUGGUACACAGACUGCAGUCAACCUCGGGCUAUGCAGUAUCUGCUUUGGCCCAUUGUAUGUAGAUACUUACGAUCCUGAAGGAAAAGCACUUCGACGGCGUAUUGAGCGCCGUUAUCUUUCACAGAUGAUGACAGGUUGUGGCAAGUCCUGGUGUCAAAAUGAGUCCUGCAAGACAGGAAAACAAGCUCGCGGGGCCUCUACGACAGGCCUCGGUUCCACAUUUGCGCCGGUAGGCACGGCAAGUAUUCUAACUACGGGGGAUGGGCCGAAGAACACCGCGCCUUUUUACCUCUGCGCAGAUCAAGUGGGCCAGCAGCGCCGCACCCAUGCAGAAAUGAUCGCGGCAGAAGGCAAAUUGGAUGGUGGGAAGAGUUAUGCUUUACCAUGGUGUGUUGCCGCCAUUGAAGUCAUGGCGGGCAAUCCAAACAAAGCGCGAGAGUGGCUGGAAAACUGGGCCCCUGCUAUAGGUGAAGACGCGGGCACUUUGCGGUAG